AUGAUUUCGCCGACCUCUCUCGCUGUCCCAAGACAGGCUCCUCCAGUGAGACCGUCUCGGUCACUCGAGGGACUAGAGAAAGUUGUGCCUCCACAUACACCUCAGCCUGCUGCUCGGUCAGCACUUCGGUUGGAUAAGCCACUCCCCGAGCUACCUGCGAAACCACUACCCGAGACACCCUCAAUGGAGAGUCCGACGGGAUGGAGCGACGACAGCAGCACAGAUGUCAGCCUUGAAACUCGCCGUACAUCUGAUGCGACGUCAGAAGGUUACCCAAUUUGUGUUCGCUCUCCCUCUGAUGAUCUGGACGAGUUCGUCGACCAUUCGCCUCUCUCUAGCAUAGAUCACCCUGCCCCCUUGAAGCCAUAUAACAAACUAGAAACAUCACCUCUGCCGCUCACCACAUUGUCUAAUGAUCAUCACCGCCAUCGCCCUUUGCCGACGGCAACCCGUGCCGCUCCUAAUCAUUAUUUUAAAGAGAAGAAAUGGGAGUUCUUUCCAGAGCUCGCGAUGCCAUCAGAAUUACCACCUGGAUACCCCAAGUUUCCACCUGCGCCUCGAAAGCAGAAUAGCAGUAGGUUGAACCUCGCAGCGUUCGACUUUACGAAGAUAAGUCCUCGCUGUACUUCACCUGAGAAGCGAGCACUUGCCCACGAUGUACGCAAAUCUAUCCGCUCCUAUGUACAACGAAGGCUGUCCAAGCACUCCAUUGAUAAGACCAAGCCUAAGCGACGACCACGAGCAUCGACAGCCCCGUCUGAGUUCCCUGAUGAAUAUCGAUGCUCCCGGAAGACUUCUUCUAGCAACUACUCUAACUAUUCCGAUCGUGGGAGCACAGGGCCGCAGCAGAACUUUCUCUAUCUCUCUGCCGAUCUGAACCGGCUGUCAAUGGGCAGCAGUUCAAGUGAGGACGAAAGCGAUAGAACAGUGAACUCGAUAACACCGUAUCAGAAAAAACAGCCCGCCGUCCGAAUUUCGGCUUACCAAAGAUAUGGGCCAGUCACGCGGGAGAAGCCCGGACGUGAAAAGAGGAUCAGUUACCGGCAAAGAGGCAAUGCACACGGUUCUGCGUGA